AUGUCCACGUACAAUUCUGUAUGUGUUGCCCGCACUAGUUGUGACUUCAGACAGGAGAAGCAUUUGAGAAGAAAGUUGCGUCGACAGCUGAAACGUGGUCGUGAGAAAGAAUGGCCGUUAAGAGCGAGGGAGUUCGAAGAGUGGGAGGGCAAGAACCUGGGAGAAAACAUCUACUCUGCUAAGGCAGUAAAGCGGCAAGAUGAACAGAUUUUCGCCUGUCUUGAACAACGUCAACAGAGUCGCUGCCGGGGACGCAUCUCUGCCCAUCUGAAGGGAACAUUUUAA